ACAUCACAAUGGAAGCCAUGUUGCAAUGGAUGUAUUUCUUUGCUAAAAUCAUUAUAUUCUUUAUAUCAGUGAGGCUCUCCUUAUGGCUCCUGUCUUUUUUAAUUGAGAAAAUAUGGAAAACCUCCAUCAGCCUAAGAGGGAUUGGCUUUCUUUCAUUUCAAAUCCUUAAUAUUAAGAGAGAGAAUUAUGAACUGGAGUUAAGAGGGAUUAAGUUAAGGUUGAGGUGGUUCAACUCGUCUACUUUCGUCAAGUUCUGUUCUAUUUCUGUGGAUCAUGUCCAGUUCCAACUAAAAGCGAUCAAAAAGGAAGAAGGUGAGAUAGAGACAAGAAAGAAGAAGCGGAGGAGUAGUGUCUCACAGAGGAGGGUGAAGAUAAAAUUAAAGCAAAGAUUAGUGUAUAAAGCAAUCCGGUGGCUUGCUAAGGUGGCUGAGUUUAAUAUUGGUUUAGCAGAGUUUGCCGUUCAAACUGGCAGUAAUACUGAACAAGAUGAAGAAAGCAUCAGUUUCAUUGAUCUGAUACAAGCAGACAGAGGAAUGAGGAUCAUUCUCCAGCCUCUCACUGAACAUCUGAUAUCAGUGGAGGUUAUGCUGCACCAGCUGGCUUUUGAGUCUUUUGCCAGCAAGAAAAAUGAGCUGAUGGAUGGGGAGGCACUAUUAGAUGGUCACGUUUCUUGCAAAGUUUUACUCCAUCUCUCUUUAUUAGCUGAGAAGAAGUACCACUCACUCCAGAUCAGCCUCUCCUCUUUAUUUACACAAUUUCACGGAAGCAGGUCACUUGUUUUGCUUUCCAAGAGAUUCAGAAGGAAAGCUGUCCCAAAUUCUACUUCAUCAACACCUCCAGACUUGUCACAAUUGCUACCUAACAGAACAGAGCUUGUUCUUGAUAAGGGAGCUUUGAAUUAUGAGGUUGAUGGACAACUGAAAUUCAUGUAUGGAACGCUAAAUAAGUCAUGUCUUACGAUUGAAUCCGAUAAAUCAACAUUAUCAGUGAGAGGUAUUGCAUUGCAGUCUUCGGUUACACAAGAAGUCAUUAAAAUUCGGGAAAUUUUACUAAAAUAUCAAUCUCUUAGCAACGGCCCGGAAGUCGCCAUGGCGGUCAACUCUGUCAAAACGUGUGUUAAAGAGGGAGAGCUGAUGUACUGGAAGACUCAUUUUCAUGAAGUCAUGAGAAAAAUAAAGACACUAUCUACUUCUCCUCCCUCGCCCCUUGACAUGCCAAACAAUAAUGAGGAUCAGGAUAUUUUGAAUUGGAUUCAUCGCCUACCGGUGGCCAUGGUCACGAAACUUGAAGUCUCUGAUUUUGUGACGGACUUUGAAGUUGAUAAACGAGAACUGAGCCAAGGGAAAGGGCCAUUUGCCUCGUUAGUGUGUGUGGGCGGGAUAAUUAAACUCACUCGUUCCGAGGAGGUUUUGAACGGGUUUCUGCAACUCAAAAACUCUUAUAUCCACCUAUCGAGUUUAGGCCACACCCCCAGACCUGAUGAUCCCGAAGUCCUUCCUCUCACGUCAUUUCAUGUUUGGGGGCGUGUCCUAUCGCUUGGUAGCGGAACGCUCGUCCUAAACGGGAAUUUCCCUUCGGGCGGAGACAAUGAAGGGGAAGAACUAAACCCGACUUUAAAUAUCAGUGGUAGCUGUGUUUCUAUGGUAACUGAAAUAUCAGACGUUACGCUCUCAACUUUAUUCCAAUUAACGUCACACUUUAGGCGGAAAUACUUUCCGCCACUCCCUCCAGACUCUGAAACCAGUGACAGGAAAACCGGUCAGACGAGUGUGACAAGUUUAGACGAGACAGACCACAGCAAGCGCCAAACAGGACUAUCAAGACUCGCUAGCCUUGUUGAUAGUUUUUCAUUCACUGUUGAUGGUUUUAAUGCUUUGAUAUAUGAAGACAGAGAAGAUCCUUCUCCACCAUUACUGCUUUGUAUCAGAUUAGAUAGUUUGUCUUCUAAGAAUUGGACUGCUAACUGUUACCGUAUCGGUAUUGAUGAACAAUAUUCAUUAGCUCCUUACUUCCAGUGUGUGUCUGCUUGUAAUCUUCCUAAUGGAGGACUAUUGGACAUUGAUCACUGCUCUCUCUCUUAUGAACAGAAUGAUGUUCAAACUCGUGUAAACAAGGUGGUCAUUAAUUGGAAUACUUGUUCACACUUUACUCUGUUUCAUCUCAUAUCAGCAAUUAAGGAUCAAUUGAACAGAUUUCGAACAAGCAUAAAAAAGACUGAGACCCAUACUAAAGAGACUGAAACCCAUUCUGAAGAGGCUGGUUCCCAUACUGAAGAGGCUGGUGUUAUUAAAACUGAUUCUCAUUCCAGAGAGGUCUUGUUGCUCGGUGACAAGUUAAAGCAGUUUUUAUCAAAACUGUCUUUGUCUCUUCACUUUGAAGUUGAAGAAGGAACAGUUAACUUUCACCUCACAAAAGCAAAGUUAUCAUUAUCCUUACUCACCAGUCAUUGCAUGCUACAAAAAGAAAGACUAGCUAUUGAUGCUCAGAUACUUAAGCUCAUUUUUGACGAACAUGAUCUACUCACAGUCACCAGUUUCCUAUGCCAGUGUCCGUAUCACGAAGAGUCGCUGGACAAUAGGUACCAGUCCCCGUCGCUAGAGGUGAAAGAAAAUACUGUGAUUUCUCUACUAGCGGCAGAUUUGACCGUGUGUUUUCCGUACCGGUACAAGUUUUAUGCUGCGUAUGAGAUGCUUACGGCAUUGAGAAAGUUUGUUCUGAAAUAUCACAGAGGAAGUGACAAUAAUAAAGAGAAAAAGAAGGAGAGGGUUCUUGUUCCUUUAGACAUACUAGUUGAAGUUGAAAAAGUCACUUUUAUUGUUGAAGACGAUUGGUUUGAAGUUAAAAUGAGAGCAAAUUAUGUGUUAAUGCUUGAUGAGUAUCAGCAGAGGGUGGGACGGAUUGAGACUUUGAAUGAGAAACUUCGUCGGAUUCAAGACACUCAAGGACCUCUAUCACAAGUAUCUGGUAAAAGGUUGAAGAACCUUUUUGAUAGUCUUGAAGAGAAGAAUGACAAUGUUUACUGCCAGAGAGCCAGAGAGAUGUACACCACAGAACAGCCAUUGGAGUCACAUCUGCUAUCAGUCUCCCUACACCAAACUAGACUCUACUUGAUGUUUGACCCUUCGCUUUUGGGAAGAGAAGCACUCGUGAAACAAAUCAGAGAUAUUGACCCCAUCAGUCCAUUGCCUGAAGACUACCAAUUCUCGACACUAUGGGGGCUCCAAUUAUCACUUAUUAACGAGCACACCGAAGUUCAGCUUCGUGAUUAUUCCUGGAAGCUUCUAGAACUCGAUACGGUGGGCGUGUCUGGAAAGCUAGUGUUUGCCGAACAAGAGGCAACUGAUGAUGAAUGUGUGUCCCUGGAGAUUCCGGUCGGAUCGCCGUGGCAACACGGACAUUCCGUGUCGAAACUGACACCUUUAAAAUACUACCACGACAUCAUAAUCACUGUCGAUACUAUUGAAGCUUCUUGGGGGCCAAGUUUUGAUCCGUCUUUUGCCCAACUUAACUACUGCUUCAAUUACAUCACCAAGCCAUCACGUGAUCCCAGUAAGCCUCUUCCAUGGUGGGACAAGUUACGGCUGUUGCUCCAUGGGAGAGCGAAAUUGAUAACGUCUCAGCUGUUGUUUAAUGUCCUAGCCUCUCUGGAUCCUUAUAACACUUCAGAAUUUAUGGAAUUGAGAUUGCUUGACAUUGAAGCUGUUCUGCUUGAUAAUGUAUCUCUCUCAAUCAAUGGUGGUCUCCAUGGUUAUGUUCACACAGCCUCACGUUACGAUGAGUGUCAAUUUUUUACGAUUCCCUCAGUCUCUCUUGACCUUCAGUUCCUCUUUAAAGUACGUGGGGAGUCCCCCCACCUCCACCACUCUGUUGUGAGGUGUGCAUCAAAUAGAAUAAGUGAUGAAAAUCACGAUUCUUAUUUAAAUUUCCGGUCUCAGUCGAUAGACCUUAAACUGUCGCUUGUUGUCAAUAAGAAAGAGGAGAGUCAACCCGAGGUUUUGCUGUAUGCUAGCACUUUAAGAUGGCUACAGUCUUGUGUGGAUAUCAUCAGAGGCUACGUAUCGCGUCCAAUCAAAAAAGGGACAGUUCAUUCUAACAUGCGCCCAAAGAAAAUCCGUUUCACACGACACCUAAAUCUCGUAGAUUUAGUGGUCACGUUACCGCCCACGCUCAUUAACUACUGGUCGUCCGUUCGCAAACAAGAGGGUCUUGAAUUCACAGUCAACGGCCUCUCUCUGAAGAUGCAAUACUCACUAACUCUACAGCCCCUGGUUGACGGACUCGUCCGACGACCACGUGCCAACUGGGGCAUGAUGGCAUGCGAGGGUGUGGCUACCGGUUUAAAAGGAUUCACUUGUAUUAAGAGGAGUGAGACGGAAGUGUUGGAUGACGAUCCUUAUGUCAUAAUGAAUCCAGCUACUCUGGAGGACGAAAGGCUAGAGAAACACUUCCUGAUUGAACUGGCAAGUCUCUCUUAUGUUUGGCAAAGUCAAGAUGAUGAAGCAUCACAAGAGGAGUUUACUCAUAAGUUAAAGAUAGUUGAUACUUGUUUUUUAUGGAACAAUGACAGCAGGAGUGUAGUCUAUAAGAUACAAGAUACCUAUAAGCUACACAAAAGACUAAAACAGGACCUUUCCACCGACGCUCUGAAAUCAAUUCUCACUCAAACUGGGCCUACAAUACCCGAGGCCACACCCACAACCAAAGACCCCUCCAAGGACCCCUCCUCGUCCAGUGAUCCCUCGCCAUUGUCCAGUGACCCAACAAGUGAGACCACAGACAUUUCUCCUAUUCCUCCCACGAGGAAGAAGUCUCGUCCUCGUCUCCACAGAAACAGUUCAGGCUGUAUGAUGCUGGACCAGUUACUGGCCGACAUUUGUAACACGAUUGUUGUAUCUGAUGAAAAAAGAGAAGCGAGCGAUCCUAAACUCAAAGGGAUAGUUGCUGCUAAUCACAAUGAUGUCAUGAAACACGACUGGUUCAUUGAGCUGACUAAUACUCAAGUUGCCUUGCAAGGUGUAGAGGUCAAAGGCUAUGUGAUUUGUUGUUCUUACGUUGCUCAAGUGUUUGGUCGUGAUCAUCACCCUCAAUUGAGAGAGGGCGAUCUGGUGUCUAAACGAUCUUGGAUUGCAAAAGUUCAGGAUCUUCAGUAUUUCGCGACUAUGGGGGCCCCUCCGAAUAAUGUAGUACCGUGGCUGCCCCGGUCUGUUAUUCAGCCGUCGGCAGUGAGGGCUCCUAGCGAGGUUCCCAGUGAUAAGGAGUCUGCAAUGGCUGACCUCUUGAGCCAGUUAGGACCUGAUACACAAAGCAUUGGUCAUCCCAUUGGGGAGAGUUUGGAUACUGAGACGUCCCUAGGGCUACCAGGGGAAGCAGUGGGUGGAGUUAUAUCUAGUAUACCAUCUCAAGGCCUUUACAUUGAAGAUCAGUAUGGUAGUUUCCCUCUCUCUUUCUCUCAAGUUUCUUCCAGUCCUUCCGUUCCUCUACAGCGAAUAGCCUCACGCUGUCACUGUCAAAUGUUCUACAUUACUUUUGGCGGACAAGUAUCUCAAGAAGACUGCCCAGCUCCUCUCUCCCCUGCUCACGAGAAGAUGUCGUCAUCUUCGGAGGCAGUGGAUACUUUCACGUUUAGAUACCCACUGGCCGAAGUCCAUACCACAUCAGAGCAAUACUCUCUCAUUCUUGAUAUCCUCAACAAGCUUCUACUGUACAAGGAGCCAAGACGAAAGGAGGCGACAGAGCAGCACGCUAGGAUGAACUUUACGUUGCAAUUGACGAGCGUAUCAGACAUAAGGAAACCAGUACUGGCUCUCCAGAAUAGAUUAAGGCAGACCCUGAAAAGGUUAAAGACACUUGAGAAUGAUCUGUACAUUGAGCUGAAAUCAGGAACUGAUAGCACUUUACAAAUGAGGGAUACGAUUGAAAAAGAAUUAGGACAAACUAAAGACGCUUUAUCUCAAGGAAGUCUUGAACUGAGAGCCAUGAUAAGAGCUUUCAAAGAGAAACGAUUUGAAAUGUCACCAUCUCAUGCACGAACUGAUAGAGACGUGUCCCCAAUGGCUCCGGAACCUGUUCGAAGAAUAGAGGUGUGGCUUGACGAUGCCCAGUGGUCGCUCAUGCAAGAUGACGGUCAAUUAAAAAUUUCUACGAUACAAUUAACUAAUUUUAGUUAUAAUCGUGUUACUUUUAACGAUGAUUCCGGUGAACAUAGACUAGAGCUUGGGUCAUUUAGAGUUAAAAAUUGCAUACCCAACGUUCAGAGUAUUUUUCAGGAGGUACUGUCUCCUUAUGAUCCUGCUUCAAGGAGAUUGAGAGUUGAUAAAAAUGUUUCCUUGAGAAUAUUCUGUAGAGACAGGCCAAGAGUUGCUGGUAUUUCAGUGACGGAGCAUUUAGAGAUCAACGUGGUUCCUUUGGCCGUGAGACUCACAGAGAAACUCUAUCAGACCAUACAGGCUUUCUUCUUACCUAAAGCAGAAACUGAAGCUAAGGAUACUGCAGAACCUGAUCACUCGCACGUUUUUGGAUACCAACCAACUCUCAAAGCCCAAGGUACUGAUACUGUUGAUGGAGGUACAUUCAGCCGCAGCUCCUCCACAAGAAGGAUUGGCUACUCAUCAACUACUCCAUCAGUGGUCAGUGCUCCUGGGGCCAUAGCUUCACCUCCUGAAUCACCUCACAAGGAUCGUAAAAUAAAACGCAAGACUAAAGCUUUUGAUGAAGUCACCACAAUGCAGACAAGAGCUUCAAACAUCAAAACAUUUGUGUAUGUCAAAAUACCUCAAGUGACUCUCUGUAUAACUUUUAAGGGUGAUGGUAUCAGUGUGAAGGAGAUGCAUGAGCAAUUGGUUACCAUACCAACCCUUCAGUACCAUGACCUUAAUGUCAGCUGGCAAGACCUUCUUUUGGAAAUCAAAAAAGACUACAAGAGAUCAAUAAUAUCACAAACCAUUAAAAGUGUUAUUGGCAUGAAGGAAUCAGAAGAGAAAGCAGGACUAUCCUCUCCUAAGAUAGGAAGCAGGAGUGACUUAAUGGGAAGAAUUAAGCAAGAUACCAAAGUGAAAAGCAAGCGAAUAUUUGGAAAGAGAAGUGGAGAAGAGUCCAUUGAAGAAGAUUCUAAAACAGAUCCACUUCAUUUAGAAUCUAGAAAACAUAAUUGAUACACAAAAGACUAUUAUUAAUAUUAAAUAAAAUUAAUAAUAAUUAUUUUUAUUAUCUGUUUAUCUCCGUAAAUUA